AUACACAAGUUGGAAGAGCAUUUAGUAAAAAGUCCUUAUAAUAACACCACCUCUAUCGUGUUCCCUCAAUUUUUGCCCUACCCCUUUUCCAAAACGCUACACUCACAUCUGACAUCACACACACACAUAUAUCUUUCUCCACCAAAUCUCCAAUCCAUUCAACCCCUGCCCCCAAAAAUUCUUCAUCCGGUCGUCUUCACUGACAGCCCCACCCUUCCAUCACAAACUCCCGCGAAUCGAAAUCUCGAUAUCUCAGAAUCGAAAAAAAAUUCUUGUUUGUUGUUACUUGUAUUACAAUUUUGUUUUCUUGGGAUUAAGAUUCUUUCGGUCUUCCUGUAACGAAACCCUAAAUCGAGUUUCAGAGCCCCAAUCGGGAAAAAAUUCCAUAUCUUUCAGGAAAUUCUUGGAGAGUUUUUGUGCUUUGACGACUCGCUGAUUUUCCGAUAAUUUGGCGAUUUUUCAUCUGGUGGUGAUAAGCGUCGGCGGAUCUGGAAAUCGGAAGAGACAGAGAGAGAUGUUGGGCGGAGGAAGGAGGGAGGACGGGUCGUUGGUGCUGAACAACACGAACGUGUUCGCCGCGCUCGAUUCACUGAGGAGGAAGAAGAAGUCUGACAAGGACCGCAAGAGCAAAUCCUCCUCCAAGGCCCAGUCCGCCGCCGCCGCCGCCUCCGCCGAGCCCAAGGAGCCCGAGCCCCAGGUGUUCUGGACUCCUGCCCCGUUGAAUGCCAAAUCUUGGGCCGACGUCGACGACGACGAUGACGACGACUAUUACGCCACCACCGCCCCGCCUCAGCCCGUCUGGUGCUCCUCCGAGCCGGAGCAGACUAAGGAUUCGCCCAGCAAUGCAGAGGAUACUGAUAGUGAAGAAGAUAUUCUUGAUGAGGGUGAUGGUGAUGAAGACGUGGAAGAAGAACAUGAUCAUGGAGCAGAGAUUCCGGUGCACCCUGAGCCGGUGGUGAAGAAAUCUCCUGACGUUUCUGUAGCUCCUAAGGAGGCAGAGAGGCAGCUUUCAAAGAAGGAAAGGAAGAAGAAGGAACUUGCAGAACUUGAUGCCCUUUUGGCAGAUUUUGGAGUAACGACGAAAGAGAGUGACGGUCAAGAUGAGUCAUCUGAAGCUGCAAAAGAUAAGGAUGUAGAGCCUAAUGGAGAUGGAGAAAAGAAGGAUAAUCCUGUUACGGAGUCUAAAAGUGCCAAGAAGAAGAAAAAGAAGGAUAAAUCUUCCAAAGAGGUGAAGGAAUCACAGGAUCAGCCAAACAACUCAGAGGUUGGCAAUGGGUCAACAGACGAAGCAGCUGCCGGAACUCAGCAGACAGAGGAGGACGUAUCUGCUGUUGAUGUUAAGGAGCGGCUAAAAAAGAUGGCGUCCAUGAAGAAGAAGAAGUCAAGUAAAGAGAUGGAUGCUGCUGCAAAAGCUGCAGCUCAAGAGGCUGCAGCGAGGAGCGCAAGGCUUGCUGCAGCUAAGAAGAAAGAGAAGGGCCAUUACAACCAGCAACCAGUGCGGUAAAUCUCAAUUUUGUUCAGCGUAUAUAGGAGCAUGUGUGUCAUUGACCAAAAUAUGUGCGAAAUAAACUGAGCUCUUUGUCUGUUUCUUUUCUUUCUUUUCUUUUUUCUUGUUUUAGUAAAGUUGGCUCCUAACUGUAUCGCGAUGAACAAUAUAGGAAGUUUCAUUUUCAUGUUUUGGGAUCUUAUUUUUUGUUCUGUUGUCAUGGGCACAUAUCAAUUUGGCAAUUUUGCUCAAUGGAGAAUUUUUCCUUGGAAA